GAGGAAAAGCGUACCCGUGCUCUUCUGCCUCUUGCUCCAGCUCGCCUAUCUUCCCAGCAAGGUUUUGAAGCUCAUUCUGCAGACGAGAGUAUGUCUGCUGUAUGUCUAUCUGAUCGAAGAAGUUAUUAGAAGCGAGGGCGAUAUGUAAAGUGCACGCGUGCCCUGAUCGGUCAGUGGUUGAACUUUUGAUUUUGCUUUCGAGGUCGACAUGGAGAGCAGCGAUGGCCUUGAUGGUCCAGUGGUGAAUUAAUGUGGGAUACGCGAUUGGCUAAUGAGAGUUGUCACACUAGUGUGACAAGUGUCACGCCAGAAGUUGUUCGCUGUUAAACAACCUCGCCGACUUUGACCGCCAUGUCUUUCGCCCGCCCACGUCUUGCAUUGGGCUUUUCGCCCAGGAUACUGGCGACACAGCGCUCGACUCCGCUGCCCUCGUUCCUAGUAGCAUACCGCAACAUUCAUAGCACCCGCUGCUCGCAUGCAGAACAUCUGGAAAGCCACGGCCGACUGGAAGGCCCGAUAAAGUCGCCGCCUCUCGGUGCAGGAAGUUUAACCGCGAAGGACGAGCCUGGAAAGGAUAUCGACCCAUACAAGGAUGGGCAGAGUGCCAUUGACAAAGCCGUCCAUCUCUUCUUCUUUACCGAGAUCGUCCGAGGAAUGUGGAUUGUUCUGGAGAAUUUCUUCAGACCGCCGUACACCAUAAUGUAUCCAUAUGAGAAGGGUCCUUUGUCUCCCCGUUUCCGUGGAGAGCAUGCUCUCCGGCGAUAUCCCAGUGGGGAAGAACGGUGCAUUGCUUGCAAACUUUGCGAGGCCAUUUGUCCUGCCCAAGCAAUUACCAUCGAGAGUGAAGCCCGCGCGGAUGGUUCAAGAAAAACAACUAAAUACGAUAUCGACAUGACGAAAUGUAUUUACUGCGGUUUCUGUCAAGAAGCUUGUCCAGUCGAUGCUAUCGUUGAAACACAAAAUCAGGAGUUUUCUACGGAAACUCGCGAGGAGCUCCUGUAUAAUAAAGAGAAGUUGCUCGCAAACGGUGACAGGGCUGAAGCCGAAAUUGCCGCUAAUUUGCAUUCGGACCAUGUUUACCGGUGAAGUAGUAGUUUAGAUGGGUCGUGGCAGGUCGUGUACUUAUCUCCUGGUCCAAAUUUUCAUUAUCUAUCUGAUACCAUCAAGAUUGAACACUACGAUCUAAACGGUGUGCGCGAUAUGUGUGAAUGACGGGAAUGUCUUCCAUUUCGUGCAAGCUGCAUCAGUUAUACAGGAAGAAGCUCUUCUCAGUCACAAUCUUCUGUUGUUAGGCUUAGGUUAUCG